AAAGAUAGACAUAUUUGUUAUAGAAAUUUAUCAUGGUAAUGGUUAAUAUAUUGACAAUGCAUAGAUUUUUAAUGUAUGUUGAAAUUGUUAUUUUGACUGAAUUGAAUAACAUUUUACCAAUACAACGAUUUGCCUACAAAAAACCACAGGUAUCUUAUUUUAUCUGCUUUGGGUUUGUCUUUAUGUUUAGAUUUGAAAAAUAUAUAUAACUCCUCCGGUGCUACUGUGCUAUUCUACUAGAUCUCAUAGUGUCAUCCACCAAACCAUUGACUAUCACAUCUGCUGCUCCACCCUAAGUUUCAGCUUGUGUCCAAAGCCAUGAAGUAUUAACCAUUACCCUGCUAAAUUUCUAUAAUGAACUUGUCCAUCUUUCAAUUUAAAGUUAGACUGUAUACCAUUUACUGUCAAAGGAUACUGAUUGAAUUGAAACAGUGCAGAUUAUGAUCAGAAUGCAUGGAUGUGCAGGUUGAUCAUGAUCUACACUAUCUGCUAAGGCAGAACUAGUCGUGUCCAGCAUAAUAAAAGGUAAGAUAAAAGGUAUUAAUUCCAGAUGUCUGAAAAUUUCUCUUUCUUGGAUGUCAUUGUAUCUGGAUGUCAGUGCCUUCAAACAAUUACAUUUAUCAACAUUGUUUUAUUUUCCAGUUUUUGGUCUUUGAGGCGUGAUGGGUCAUGGUAUGAGAAGUAGACGGUGCCGCAUUGGCCAUGCCAGUAAACGAAAACAACAAAUUAAAGAAACAGUCUUUGACAUUGUUCCAGAAACCUAUGAAAGUGAGCGAUUCUUCAGUAGUUUUCUUGAACAGUUCCCUUCAUUAUCUGAACCUACAACAUGUGAUAGUGACAUAACUAAAGAUCAUCUUACUGCAGAUGAACAUUAUGUGGUUUUUGACGGUGUGUUUCAGCAUGGACCAGAUGCUGACAUUGAUGCAUUGAUCAAAUCUAAAUACAUGUUAAAAUACACUAACUUGAAGCAGAAAUGUGUUGACUUGAGGGAAUAUGCAGAGUAUAGUUGUCUUUCAACAUCUAAAUAUAUAAGAUUUGUACAACUGUAUGGGGAUGGGGUAUGUGCAAAUCCAGUGAUUAAGGUGUGUAUUACAGUGAAAAAGAGGACUUUUCAGUAAACAUUUGUGUACAUGGAGUCUCUCUACCUGCUGACCAUCAAAUCUGGUCCCACAUUCCCACGUAUUGUAAAACAUUAGACCAAAUAAAAUGCAUCCUUGA